CUUUCAAAUAUAUAUCUAUUCAAAUCUCUGACUCCAGCUCUGUUUCUUUUACCUGGUGGAGCAAGGCUUUUCCAGAUAGGCUUCGAUAUCGUCUAAUUCGUUUCUCUCUUAUCGGCUUUCCCAUCAUGUCCCAACUCACCCUAUUCGAUCUCCCACGUAAGGGGAGAUGUUCGUCCUGGUCUUACAAUCCAUGGAAAACUCGUCUUGCUCUCAACUUCAAAGGCCUCGAUUACAAAACAGAAUGGGUCGAAUAUCCAGAUAUCCAAGCCCGAUUGAGUCCACAUGUACCCGCAAAUCCCGAACCAGACCGUGACUGGACAAUUCCCGCUAUGAUGUUCACAGACGGAACAUAUAUCAUGGACUCGAAACCCAUCGCAGAACGUCUUGAGAAGGACUACCCAAUCCCUUCCCUAUAUCUCGACUCUCCAAUUAUCCAAGAAAUCUACCCCGCCGUCGGUGCCAUCGCAAAGCCCCUCCGGGCUGUCUGGCUCCCCCGCGUCCCCGUCAAUCUCCUGAAUCCUCGCUCAAGUGAAUACUUCCAUCGAACCCGAGAAGAGGAUGUUGGAAAGCCACUCGCGCAGUUUAUGAAAGAGGAGGGAGGUGAAGAAGCGUGGGUGGAAGCUUUGCCUGCGAUCAAAUCCUUGGGUGAACUGGUCAAGAAAGAAGGAGGACCUUACUUGUUGGGUAAAACCCGUGUGUCCACCAAAAUUGAUCGCGAAUAUGACUAAUUUUUGGCAGCUUCCUAUGCUGAUUUUAUCAUC